AUGAGCUCCAAGGAAAGCCAGAUUGGGGCAUUCACCAAUGGAGAGGACAGUCUUUCCCAGUAUGCAAUGCAACUGGCUACUGCAUCAGUGUUGCCCAUGGUAUUGAAAGCCGCAAUAGAGCUUGGUGUGCUUGAGAUUUUGGAUAGAGCUGGUCCUGGAGCACUUCUUUCUACUUCCCAAAUAGCAUCCCAACUACCCAAUCACAGCAAUCAAGACAAGUCUUUGCUUCUUGAUUGUAUGCUCAAGCUUCUUGCUAGCCACUCUAUACUCACUUGUUCUAUUGCCACCCCUCAGCAUGAUGGCCAAGUUUCCAGGCUUUAUGGUCUGGCACCUGUUUCCAAAUACUUCAUCAAAGACAAGGAUGAAUUUGGAGGAUCACUUGCACCCUUCUUAGAUUUGUUCCAGGACAAAGUCACGAUGAAUAUCUGGUACCAUUUGAAAGAUGCAAUUUUGGAAGGAGGAAUUCCAUUUUCCAAGGCUUAUGGGAUGGAAGCAAAUGAGUACGCUAGGAAGGAUGACAAAUUCCGUGACAUUUUCAUGGGCUCAAUGAAAGAUUUGAACCCAUUAGUUAUGAAGAAGAUUCUUGAGAAAUACAAGGGCUUUGAAGGUCUGAAAUUGCUGGUGGAUGUAGGAGGUGGUGAUGGCACUCUCCUUAACAUGAUCAUCUCCAAGUACCCUACCAUUAAGGGUGUCAACUUUGACUUGGCCUCUGUUAUAGAAAAGUCACCCUCCUAUCCUGGUAUCGAGCACGUUGCGGGAGACAUGUUUGUAAGUAUUCCAAAAGGAGAUGCCAUUUUUAUUAAGUGGGUACUCCAUCAUUGGGACGAGAAACAAUGCUUAAAGGUAUUAAAAAAUUGCUAUGAAGCACUACCAGACCAGGGAAAAGUGAUAGUAGUAGAUAUGGUGAUUCCAGAAACCCCUACAACUACUGGUGAUGAGAAAAGCUUGUUUCAGUUAUAUUCGUUCCUGAUGAAUUCAAACCCUAAGAGAAAGGAGAGGACAGAAAGAGAAUUUGAAAGAUUGGCAAAAGAUGCAGGAUUUUCGGGUAUUCAAGUGGCAUGUUGUGCUUAUAAUUUUUCGGUUGUGGAAUUCUACAAAAAUAUGUAA